AUGAGACAAGAGAGGCUGAGCUGCAGCUUGAGGAGAGGGGGACGAUGCUUGAAGAGGCAGAACGCCGGAGGAGGAGGAGGAGGAGGGGAACAUCCUGAGCAAUGUGCUGAAGAAGAGGAACUGCAUCUCCAGGACCGCACCGCGCCUGCUCUGCACCCUGGAGCCAGGGGUAGACACAAAAUUGAAAUUUACCCUGGAACCUUCACUGGGACAGAAUGGUUUUCAACAGUGGUACGAUUCACUCAAAGCUGUUGCCAGACUACCCACUGGAAUACCUAAAGAGUGGAGGAGGAAAGUAUGGCUGACACUUGCAGACCACUACUUACAUAGCAUCUCUAUAGACUGGGAUAAAACUAUGCGCUUUACAUUUAAUGAAAGAAGCAAUCCUGAUGAUGACUCAAUGGGAAUCCAAAUUGUCAAGGACCUCCACAGGACUGGCUGUAGCUCCUACUGUGGACAGGAGGCAGAACAGGAUAGAGUGGUACUUAAACGGGUUCUUUUGGCCUACGCCAGAUGGAACAAGUCUGUCGGCUAUUGUCAAGGGUUUAAUAUUCUGGCUGCACUCAUCCUGGAAGUAAUGGAGGGCAAUGAGGGGGAUGCACUUAAGAUAAUGAUUUACCUUAUAGACAAAGUGCUGCCGGAUAGUUACUUUGUCAAUAAUCUGCGAGCGCUUUCCGUGGAUAUGGCUGUAUUUAGGGAUCUCUUGAGAAUGAAGCUACCAGAACUAUCUCGCCACCUGGAUGUGCUUCAGAAAACUGCAAACAAGGAGAGUGGUGGAGGUUAUGAGCCCCCACUUACGAAUGUCUUCACUAUGCAAUGGUUCCUGACUUUGUUUGCAACCUGUCUUCCGAAUCACACUGUUCUAAAGAUCUGGGACUCUGUGUUCUUCGAAGGUUCAGAGAUCAUUCUAAGGGUGGCACUGGCAAUUUGGGCAAAGCUGGGAGAGCAGAUUGAGUGUUGCCAGAAUGCAGAUGAAUUCUACAGUAUGAUGGGCAAACUGACGCAGGAGAUGCUUGAAGACAAUCUACUAGAUAGCCAUGAACUGAUGCAGACUGUUUACUCCAUGGCUCCUUUCCCUUUUCCACAACUUGCAGAGCUGAGGGAGAAGUACACCUAUAACAUCACACCUUUCCCAGCACCUGUUAAGUCUGCUUCAUUCUCUGGGCGACCAAGCAAAAUGGGAGACAGCGAUGAAGAAAUUGAUGAAGAUGAAGACAUAAAUGCUAAUUCUGUUGGAUGUCUGGGCCCAUUUAGUGGACUUUUAGCCCCAGAACUGCAGAGGUACCAGAAACAAAUUAAAGAGCAUAAAGAAGAGCAGAAACUUGGCAACAUUGCAGAGCUCAGCCCAGGUGCAAUUGACUCAUAUCGUGGAGAAUAUCAUGCUGUGUUUAAUAGUAUGAUGAUGGAGCGUAUGACCACUGACAUCAAUGCCCUAAAACAGCAGUACUCCAGGAUCAAGAAGAGGCAGCUGCAGCAAAUUCACCAGGUCUACAUCAGAGCAGGUAAUAUAUUUAGUUUGUCUGUGAACAUUCCUCAUAGUGGAGCGUUUUGUAUUCAUCUCAGGAAAACAAUUUAA